AUGGCGGAGACGCUGAGGCGGGUGCUAAACUGGGGAAGCGCGGCUGGCCCCGGGGAGGAGAACACAUCUGAGGCCGAACCGCCUUUGCUGCUGCUCGGCGGUCCCGGCUCUGGAAAGACAGCGCUGCUAUUCGCGGCGGCCCUGGAGACGGCAGGGGAAGGCCGAGGCCCCGUCCUCUUCCUGACUCGGAGGCCUCUGCAAAGCCUGCCCCGCGUGACUGGAGCUGCACUCGAACCCUUGCGGUUACAGAAGAUCCGCUUCCAGUACCCACCCUCAACCCGUGAGCUCCUCCGGCUCCUGUGCUCUGCCCAUGAGACCCGGGGGCCAGCCCCCUCCCUCCUGCUGCUCGAUGGCCUGGAGGAGUACCUAGCGGAAGACCCCGGGUCCCAGGAAGCCGCCUGCCUGGCCGCCCUGCUUCUGGACACAGCUGCCUACUUCAGCCACCGGGUUGGGUCUGGCCGGGGCUGUGGGCUCAUUGUGGCCCUCCAGACCCAGGAGGAGGGAGACAGUGGGACUGCCCUGCAGUUGGCACUGCUUCAGAGGUAUUUCCCUGCCCAGUGCUGGCUGCAGCCCGAUGCACCAGGCCCAGGACAGCACUGCCUCCGAGCCUGCCUGGAGCCAGGUGGGCUGGGUCCCAGGGCAGAGUGGCGGGUGACUUUCCGACAAAAUGGAGAGAUGACAGUCACCCCGUGGCCCACGCAGGCUGGUGACACCAGCUUAAACAAGGGUUCAAGCUCUGGAGGCCAACCUUGAGGUUUGGAGUGUGACAACCUCUCUAUGCUUCAGUUUCCAUGGCUGGAAUACCUACCUCAGGGACAGAUGCAAAUUCAGAGACCUAAAGAUUAUAAAGUGCUUUUUCUCUCAUAAAUAUAGCAUUAUCCUGUACAUAUUGUCAACAUAUUAUUUAAUUUUGCUGUUUUGAACUUGGUAAAGAGUUUAAUGAUA